GCAUGUUUAUCCUCGACAUGAUAACAGUACCAAUCAUCAUUACAUUAAAAUAUUUUAAUAUAAUUUAUAGUUGAGGUUAUAUCUGAUACAGUUAAAAAUCGAAGUUCAUUAUUUUGUCUGCGUUUGAAGAUUCGUUGUACUUUAAACCCUGAGAGAUGUUAUAAUGAGUUCAGCAGGAGACAGACAGCACUCCUCCAGGACGUCUCAGACUCCUGAUCCCUCACAGCUGUAUGAAGACAUGAAAACAGAGAUUUCAGAUGGAGGGAUAUCCGAAGUGUCAGGAGUCUGUGUGAAGAAAGAGGAGACACUGGAGCUGAACAUCUGCAACUAUGGAGACGACCUUGAGAACCCACCUGAAGAGCUCUCCAUUAAAGAGGAAGAUCCUGACAAUAAAGACUACCUUUAUUGUGAAGUUUGCAAAUCCUUCUUCUUUAACAAGUGUGAGUUUCACGGACCACCCCUCUUCAUUCCUGAUACUCCUGUUCCCAUGGGAGUUCCUGACCGAGCCAGACAAACUCUUCCUCCUGGACUAAAGAUUUGGAAGUCUGGUAUUCCUGAUGUAGGCCUGGGAGUGUUUAAUACGGGGGAGACUGUUCCAGUAGGUGCACACUUUGGACCCUACCAGGGAGAGCUGGUGGACAUGGAGAAAGCCAUGAACAGCAGAUACUCCUGGGUGAUAUGCAGGAGCAGGCAGUGUGAAGAAUACAUAGAUGCCACAAGAGAAAUGCAUGCAAAUUGGAUGAGGUAUGUGAAUUGUGCUCGUAAUGAUGAAGAACAGAAUCUUGUGGCAUUUCAGUAUCAAGGGGGAAUUGUGUAUCGUUGCUGUCGACCCAUUAAUCCAGAACAGGAGCUCUUGGUUUGGUAUGAAGAGGAGUAUGCCAAAGAACUCAAUCCUGUGUUUCAUGACCUCUGGAACAAAAAGUGUUGUAUGAAUGACAAACACAUCCAGGGAUGCUACAAUGAAGAAUAUUUGAAACCAUGUAAAUCGGGAGAGAUUAAACAUGAUCUUGAGAUCCCCUCCAAAGGCUCCAGUAGUCAGCCAACAUCAUCUGAUACUCUCAGUUCUGACACUUCUUCUAACAAUGAUGACCAAAAGGAAAUUCCCCACUGUUCAGAACAUGAAAAGAGUUUUGGACAUCAGAGUGCUCUCCAGCAACACCAGCGCAUUCAAACAGGAGAGAAGCCGCAUCACUGCUCACAGUGUGGAAAGAGCUUUAAUCGACACAGUCAUCUCCAACAACACCACCGCAUCCACACAGGAGAGAAGCCAUAUCACUGCUCACAGUGUGGAAAGAGUUUCAUUCAUCAAAGUCAUCUCCAAACACACCAGCGCAUUCACACAGGAGAGAAACCAUACCACUGCUCCCAGUGUGGAAAGAGCUUUACUCAGCCGAUUGACCUUCAACGACACCGUCGCAUUCAUACAGGAGAGAAGCCAUUUUACUGCUCACAGUGUGGAAAGAGUUUUACUCAAAAGAGUCAUCUCCAACGACACCAGCGCUUUCAUACAGCAAAGAAGCCGCAUCACCGCUCACAAUGUGGAAAGGGUUUCAUUCAGCAAAGUAAUCUUCAAGAACACCAGCACAUUCAAACAGGAGAGAAGCCCUAUCUCUGCUCACAGUGUGGAAAGAGUUUUACUCAACAGAUUGAUCUUCAACGACACCAGCGCAUUCACACAGGAGAGAAGCCGUAUCACUGCUCACAGUGUGGAAAGAGUUUUAAUCAAAAGAGUCAUCUCCAACGACACCAACGCAUUCACACAGGAGAGAAGCCAUAUUACUGCUCACAGUGUGGAAAGAGUUGUCGUCAACAGAUUGAUCUUCAACGACACCAGCGCAUUCACACAGUAAAGGAGCCACAUCACUGCUCACAGUGUGGAAAGAGUUUUACUCGUCUGAGUGCUUUCCAAAAGCACCAUCACAUUCAUGCAGGAGAGAAGCUGUAUCAGUGCUCACAGUGUGGAAAGGCGUUUACUUAUUCAGUUACAUUUAAGACCCACAAGUGCGUGAACUCAGAGCCAUUGCAUGAUUUAACAUUGUCAAAUUAAAUGUUUAUUGUGACCUUUGGCUGGAAUUGAUCUGUGUUUUGAAAUUUAAUUUAUCUUAAUUUCUGGAGAAGGCAAAAUAUGUAAUCUUGUAUUGUUUGGAAUAAGACUGUUAAUGUUUUUGACCUGAAGAGGUCAUGGCAUAAAUUAACUCCACACAAGGCAUGCAUUAACUGCAACGCUAUUUUCAGUAUAAUAUGGCAACAUUACACUAAAACGGAACCACUGAGGUACCGGAAAAUUUAAUCGUCAAUACACUGAUGUGAAUAGUGCGGUAAAAUACCAAAUUUUUAGUUCAUCCUCUGUCUUUUUGCCCAUGGUCUAUCGAUAUAUUAUUUUCUGUUGUAUUUUUCCAUGGUUAUAAUACAUGAUUUAAUCAUGAACAUCAAAUCAGUUGACUGUGAUUUCAGUAAGGGACUUUGUUCACUCAUAAUGCAUAAGUGUCUAUACUUUGCUAACUCAAAAUGUACACGUAUCUGUUCCUUAGGUCGUGAUGAUUUUGUCCAUGCUCCUGUUUUACUUUAUCUAAGCCUUGGGUAAUAUCAAACUGGUCUGGAGUCUGCCCUUUGCAUGUACACAUCAGCAUAAGAUCAGUACAUAAACUGGCUGUGUCCAACUUUUGUUUACCCUAAGACUGAGUGCUGCCUCAGUUGUCUUUGUGUGCACAAUAAACCUUCUCUUAUUAUACCCUG